UAAAAAGAAAAUAGUAACGACUGGCACACAUCAAGAUAGGUACCAAAGCAAUAACUUUGACAUAAGCUAGAAUUGUGUAGAUGGUGUCCACUACUUCUCCACUGUCCAUCAAUGGAAAUCUCCUUCUCUCCUCUCAAUACCCAUUUCACUCUCACAUCCUUCAGCGCUCUGCACAUGUCGUCAAGUGGGGGUUUAGAAGGGACAAAGAUAGCAGCAGUAGAACCAAGAGUCAAGCUUUCAGAAUAUUGGCAAAUCCUAAUGAGGUGUCAGGGAAAAGAGAUUUUCAAAAAGAGGUAAUCAUGGUUGAUCCAUUAGAAGCUAAGAGAUUAGCUGCUAAACAGAUGAAGGAAAUUCAGGCUAAAGAGAAAUUCAAGAGACGACGCCAAAUAGAAGCGAUAAAUGGUGCAUGGGCAAUGAUUGGUCUCACAGCAGGCUUAGUCAUCGAAGGUCAGACUGGGAAAAGUAUUUUGGAUCAGUUGGCUGGAUACUGGUCUGCCAUUGUGCAUUUUUUUCUGCGAUCACAAAUAUGGCUACAUUUUCUCUGUUCCGUCUUCUCAUCCAAUUAAAAUUGACCUGUUCAUAAUGCUGUUCGGUGACUACUUCAUUAUCAGAUUUAAAUUGGAGAAAUUAUUGGGUGAACCCUAUCUGCUCUUUCUGGAUUAA